AUGUCAGCCAUAAUUGACCGCGUGUCCUUGUGCGCGGUGUAUGGGAAGGUCGCUGCAUCCGCGGUGAGAAUGGAGGGCGACACGGAUCAGACGACGGCGAAGGUCGCACAGGCGCUGUCGGCCUCCGCUUGCGCCCUUUGGUGCUUAGUCGAGGGCGACGGCACCCAGGUGGCUGAUGCCGUGCGCGAAGGGAAGGCGGCGGCGAUGUUGGUCGGCGCGAGCGAGACUACUGCCGCCGAGUUCAAGAAGGUCAUGACGGCGGUGCUGGAGGCCGCGAUCAGUAGGCAGCAACCCCUCGGGGAGGUUGCGCACAACGUCGCACCGGCGCUGGAGUCCACCGCUCUGGCCAAAGCCUAUCCGGGGAAGAUCGGCAUCGUGGUGCCGCUUGACGCGCAGAUGGAGUACGAUAUCGAACACAGGGGGAGGAAGAGGCAGAGGGGCAAGCAGGGCAAGGACAGCUCGGGGAAGAAGGGGAGGAAGGGCAGAGCGGGCAAGGACAGCACGGCGGCGUAG